UCUUUUAAAUCCCCAGGGCAGUAUUUAGAGAGCCCUGAGGAGAGAACUGGAGCAGAAAGACUCUGCCAGGACCUCCCUGUCCUUCUUCCUGCUGCACCCUCCGUUGCCAACAUCUCCUGCACCAUGUCGCUCUCUGAAGCAGAGGUGCAAAGUGCCCGCAGUGCCUGGGAGAAGAUAUAUGUGGAUGCUGAGGACAAUGGGACAACUGUGCUGGUCAGGAUGUUUACCGAGCACCCAGACACCAAAUCCUACUUCACACAUUUCAAAGGCAUGGACUCUGCCGAAGAGAUGACACAGUCAGAUCAAGUCAGGGGCCAUGGCAAGAAGGUUUUCAGUGCCAUCAACAACAUGGUGCAACACCUGGACAACUCUGAGGCUUUUCUUGGGAUAGUGACCCCACUCGGCAAGAAACAUGCCACCCAGCUGAAGAUUGACCCCAAAAACUUCAGGAUUAUCUGUGACAUUAUCUUACAACUGAUGGAGGAGAAAUUUGGCGGAGACUGCAAAGCUUCCUUUGAGAAGGUGACCAAUGAAAUCUGCACCCACCUGAACAAUAUCUACAAAGAGGAGGGUUGGUGAGGCUGUGCAUACUCCAGGCUCUUCAAACAUCUUGCCAGCACUGAUUUGCUGCUUUUGGGCCCCCAGCCACAGCUGGAAAAAUUAAAAUUUAAAAAUAAAAAAGGCAAGAAAAAAGGCUUAUACAAUAUAGGUAUCAAUGUCAAUAAUUUCCUUAGCAAACUGAGUUUCUACAGCUAAACAAAACCUGCAGAUACAUCAAAGUCAACCAAAAAAUCCUGAUGUGCUUUGCAGUUCCAGUGUUUCAGGUGGGUUCCUCUGGCCACCAUCCUUGAAGACUACAUUUUAAGAUGAUGACUUUAAGGUUUCUAUUCCUAAAAGACUUGCUCCUUCCAACAGCACCAGCAGCUCUUUGGCUCACCUACCACCUCUCCAUCCUCAUGAAUGAUAGGAAGGAGACCAUUUUGAAGCAUCUCCAGAAUCUUGGUAGAGGUCAUUAUUUAAGAGGCAUGAGUAUUGUUUUGUGUGACAAGGGGGAAGUGGUGUAUGGGAAUGACUAACACCUGGGAGAGGCAUGAGCAAAGUCCCAUCUUGCAUGAGCCAGCAGAGUCACCCAACCUUGGUUUCUCAGAGCAGCUUUCAGCACAAGGAAUGACAACACUGAGUGUGGUCAUCACUGGACCCCUCUGGGCAGGGAUGAACAUCUCCAGGCUGUGGGUUUCACCGGGUUACUCCCAGGAAAUUACUUGGGUUGCGUUCCCACAUGAGGCAAGAGUAGAGCUCACUAGCUCCUGUGCACCCAAAAUGCACCCAGCUGAUGGAGGCUGCUGCCUCAUCGCAUGGGCAGCACAGGGGGCUCAGCCUGGCAUGGGGCUCAGCCUGGCAUGGGGACUCAUCCUGUCCAGUCGCACAGCCUGAGCCUCCCUUCAGUGCUAACCAGGUACUGAACUAUUUAAUUGCUUUUCUUUGUAUUCCUUAGACUUGGUGAAAUAAUCAGCUAAUAACUGCAAAUAACCACAUGCUGGUUUGCUUCAGUGUAACGCAAUAAACACAGAGAAAGCAGAUGUGCCCUCUCAUUUGCUUCACAGAAAAGGUGAUGUGCAGCACUGGCAGCUGGUUACAGUGCACAUACUGGUGAUACUGGGGGGGGUUCCAAAACCAGCUCAAACUCCCACCCAGGCACCCAUCACUCUUGUGGUAGUCAGGCUUCUCAGGUGGUGGGAAGGGAAGCUUUUCACUUAACCAUGAAGCAACAGUUUUGUAAACAGGUAAAAAUGCAGAGUUUUCCUUCAUUCAACAUGUAGUUUUCCUCACCCACUGAAUUUGGCAAAGGAUGCUAAAUCCCAAAGUCCAGAAGAGGAACUCUAGCCAGAGGGGAGGAUAAGGCAGGCUGCUUUAUUUGCUUCGGUGUUCUGUUCAGCUCGGGGAGAAAUGGAAGCAUAUUGCACAGCACUGGCAAGGACUGUAAAAAAAGAACAAGAUGUGUAAAAAAAUAUUUAUAGUCUCAAAUCCCUCUGAGGGAAUACAAGUAGUUAAAGCUCUGAAAAGAGGUGGUGGUAGUUCUUUACUCCCAUUGCUCUGCUGCAAACCAGUUUGAGCUUAGGAAGAUUUGAAGGCAGCAAUUUGAAAAGUUACAGUGGUUCCAUGCAAAGUCCCCCCCCACCUACUGAUACAAGGGGCCUAGAUUUUAGGGGUUAAUUGCUGUGGGUACUGCUAGUACUGCAAAACUUUGCAGGUGCUUGCUAAACAUUUACUAUACCAGCCAGGUAAAGGGGAAGGAUGUACAGGAGGAUAAGGAUAGGAUGCCAGACCAUCGGUAAGAGGAAGAAACCAUGACCAGAAAUCCUACUUUCGGACCUUGGAACUGGCUCGAAUCAGCUUUGGGGUUUGGACUGAGACCAGGACCUCAAAGAGCACGCGCAAGGAAGCAAGGUGAAGAGUUCAAAUCUGAGGUAGACUGCUUACUUCAUCCCGGAGAUCCCAGGCUGCGACCACCAGGUGGCACUGCGCAGGCGUAGUAAGACGUUAAGCUAAUUAUAGUAAUAAGCAGAGACAGACCAUGAAUAUGUAUAGGUGCAUUGUGUACCCUGAUGUAUAUGUAAUUUGUAACCAGAUAUAUUUCAAGCUGAGCACCGCAGUUGGCACACAUGGCGUUUUGGGGGUUACCCCCCAUGCGGCUGGCGCUGCAAUAAACAUACCUACUUUACAA